AGAAGCAAGAAAAAAAAAAAAAAAAAAAAAAAAAAAACCAGCUGUCGGUCGCGUUGGCGCAUUCAGCACAAAGAAUAGCGCGGAAACGGACAGGCUCGAGGCUUGGCCGAAACCAGUCGUCGCCCACGCCCGGGGAUGCGAAUACACUCGCCCAUGGCCUCGGUCCGGGGCGUGGCCCUCGGGGCCCUCGGGCUGGCGCUGUCGUCGCCCGCCGCCGCCGCCGCCGCCGGCGCAAGCCACCCGGUCCCGACGCUGCCGUUCAUGCCAGUCGAGACGGGCGUCCUGGGGGCGGUGAAGGCCCUCGACCGGCGGCAGCAGGCGGGCUGCAUCGCCAACACGUACAGCUGCGCCGGCAUGGGCGCGCAGUUUGCAAACAUCUGUUGCCCCAACAGCCAGCUCUGCCGCUUGGACGACAACAACCAGCCGGCCUGCUGUCCCGCAAACGCUGUCUGCACCGGGACCGCCCCGGCCACGUUCCGGCCGCCCACCACGACGGCGCCCGUGUCCUUCGUCCCCAACCAGUUCUUCCCCUUCGCCUACAUAACGACCAGCUUCCCCAACCAGGGCGCCUGCUCGGCCGCCAUCUCGCAGUGCAGCCGCAACUACGACACGUGCACGUCGCAGCUCCAGGGCCAGGGCGGAGGGGCCGGCAACGGCGUCACCAUUGUCGUGCCCGGCGGUAACGGCGCGGGCACCACCAUCGCCGCGGGCACCCACCAGAACCUCGGGCCCCAGUCGGCCACCAGCAUCUGCGGCGCGCUCAGCAGCACGGCCUGCUUCAACAUCCAGCCGACCGUCUGCACCUCACAGGGCAACGUCGGCGUCUUCUUUGUCGGCAGCGAGAACGCCGCGGCGCGCGCCCGGCCCACGCCGCCGCCCGGCCUGCCUCUGGCGCACCUGGUGGUCGGGGUCGGCCUCGGCGUGAUGGGUGCCCUUUGAUGUGCUCUGGGUCUAGAAAAGAAAUGCGUGGGGGAAAAUCUAAUGGUGGGGUUGUUUUGUUUUCUCGGUUCAUAUUUCUCGUUUCGAGGCUCUCGUCCCGCGACUGGGACUCGAUAUCCAGCCGUGUUUUUUUUUUUGCUUUACAUGAUGAUUACGACGAAAUGGGUCAGUGGGGGAUUUCUUCUGGCUAGUCUUGCAAUGAAUUGGAAGUCUGGGGGUUAUCAUAUGCGGUCUUUUUCUUUGCGAUUUCAUCAGGCCAUGUCCAUUUUUGCCUGGGAUAUUUUUAAGCUCGCACAUAGCAAGAAGGAAUGUUUUGGGGCCUCUUGCGCCUUGGGUAUUGAUCUGCCAAAUAAUACUUGACCGGUAUCUAUGGCUUGCUUGUUGUAUAGCUGCGAAUGUG